AUGGCAGCGAUGGCAUCGAAGCCUCCACCCGGUCGUUCCAGCAAGAAACUUGAACCGCACCAAGAAUGGAUCACGGAGCGCCACCAAGCCAAGGCGACUGUGGACGAGAUCAUGGUCGAGCUCAUGAUCAAACACCAUCUCAAGAUUGGGCGCUCGACUCUGAAGAAGCAGAUCGCACGAUGGGGCUUGCGGGUGCGCCGGGCGAAAUGGGAAGACUCGCAGGCUCUGCGUAGGCACGUCAAGCACUGUUUCGACCGACUGCAGUUGACCGAUGAAGCGGCAAGACUGGACCUGCAGAAGCACGGCUACGACAUCGCUCCGACUCGACUGGCCAAAUUGCGCAAGGAAAUGGGCAUGUACAAGCGGACGGAGAAGGAACAGCGGCCGCUGCAGGAAGGUCAAGUGGAGGAGAUCCUAAAGAAAGAAUUCGAAGAUCCGCGGGUCCGUGACAUGUCUUUGAAGAAGCUGCACAAGUACCUGCAUGCGAAGCACAACAUCUGGGGCAGGGACAGAUUGUAUCACAUUGCGAAGAAGCUUGACCCGGAAGGACCAGCUCGGAGGUUGAAGAUUCAGAUGAAAGAGACGAGAGCGAAGCAGAGGACGGCAGAGCUCCGAAGACAGCAAGGCGGUCAGGAGGAGGAGGAUGAGGAAGAACUUCCGCGCGAGCCAGAUGUGUCUCCACAGCAACCUGCUCAACCUGCUCAACCUGGACCAACAUAUCCGCUGACCAGCGAUGCCGCUAACUACGAUCCUGCCUUGAUCUACAGCCAGCCUUAUGGAUAUCAUCAAGCCUUUUCCUGAGCCCGGCCUACAUGUGACGAAAGCAAUUCGCCUUUGACAUCCUGCGCAUCGUCCAUCUCGACACCGGCAUCACUAGCGAAACGCUCAACAGGCUCUUUUGGCCUUUCCCAGCCCAGCGUCUCUUGCAUGAUAUUGGAGUCUGGCUCGAAUGUCUGCUUACCCUCCUUCUCAUGCAUACCUGCAUCAGCAUCAAGCUCAGCACCAUGAUCAUCGCUUUUGGGAGCUUCAUCUUCCGGUGCAGAUUGUCUUCGUUGGAAGGUAAGCAGCACGAGCAUCAACAGUCCGCCCACGCACCCACUCGACCACGAUCACCGCUACAGUACUUCUUUUCAGCAUCAGCAUUGGAGGAGUUGGUAGCAGCAGCACCGCCUGUGAUUGCGGUGGACCGGGAGAAGCGAUUGAGGAAGCCAGGCUGCUGGCGAGACUGGUCACGAUGAAUGAGUAUGUUCCCGAGUGAGCUCGGACAGUGUAAUCUGCAUCCCUGGCGAGACAAGUAGUCACUCCAUCUCUCAACCAUUGCGGUACUUGUGGCCACUCCUG